AUGGCUUCCUCCUCCUCCACCCUUGUCCUCUCAACCCUCUUCUCUUCCCUCCCUCGCCAAACCCAAAACCCAAAUACCAAACACCUCUUCUCCUCAUUUCCCACUUCCCAAAAACUCCCUAAAGUGACCCUCACUCGUUCAGCGUUGCUGAGACCCAACACAGCUUCCAAUCAGAUUCUACUCUUGAGGAGGUUUCGAGCCUACACGACCAUCAGAGAUGCUGAUAAGGAGGAGGAGCAGGCGGUUGUGGGCGAGGACUCGGCGGAGUUUCUGCUGUCGAAGCAGAAGCUGUCUUCCUGGCUUUAUUUCACUGCGAUUCUCGGGACUGUGUUGUUUGUGCUCAACGUGGCUUGGAUUGAUAAUUCCACCGGGUUUGGGAAGCCCUUCAUCGAAGCGGUUUCCGAGCUUUCGGAUAGCCCUGAGGUUGUAAUGUUGCUCCUGAUUCUCAUAUUUGCCAUAGUCCAUAGUGGUUUGGCUAGCCUACGAGACACUGGUGAGAAGCUUAUUGGAGAACGUGCUUUCCGCGUUUUGUUUGCAGGGACAUCUUUACCAUUGGCUGUUAGUACUGUUGUAUAUUUCAUUAACCACAGAUAUGAUGGAGUACAGUUAUGGCAGCUGAAGGAUGUAUUUGGUGUACAUGAAUUGGUGUGGUUGUCUAAUUUUGUUUCGUUCUUCUUUCUUUAUCCAUCGACUUUCAAUCUACUAGAGGUAGCAGCUGUUGACAAGCCCAAAAUGCAUCUUUGGGAAACUGGGAUUAUGAGAAUCACCAGGCAUCCACAGCUUGUAGGGCAGGUGGUUUGGUGCUUGGCUCACACAAUUUGGAUCGGAAACUCGGUGACAGUGGCAGCUUCUAUUGGUUUAAUUGGGCAUCACCUAUUUGGUGCUUGGAAUGGUGACCGGAGAUUGGCUAUAAGAUAUGGGGAAAACUUUGAAGUUGUGAAGAAGCGAACAAGUAUUUUACCUUUUGCUGCCAUUAUUGAUGGCCGUCAAAAGUUGCCAAAAGAUUACUACAAGGAAUUUAUUCGGUUGCCUUAUUUUGUGAUCACUGCAUUGACGUUAGGCACAUACUUCGCACACCCCCUUAUGCAAGCAGCCAGUUUUGGGCUCCAUUGGUAGGCAUAGAUAUUACAGGAACAUAUACGGAUGCUGGAGAGUAAUUUGUACAUAAAUUUUGUACUGUAAUGUGAGAACAUUUUGGUUCCUCUGCAUGUUGAGAACCCAAAGGUCCGUUUAGGCACAAGGAUGUUGUAUGUGGCUCCUAAUAGAUGGUAUGAAAUUGUUGCU